AUGACUCUUCCAAACAAACUCAACUAUGAUCCCAAACAAAUUGCCAUCCAACGUCGAUAUUUAGCAGCAGCUGCUGCUCAACGUGGUGUUCAGCCUCCAGGACUCAUACCUCAAACCACACCCACCAACACGACCACUGCAGCAACAGGUCAGCCCAUGGUCGAUAUUUACGGUUACCCCACUACGGCUACUACAGGUCAACCCUAUCAACAAAAUGGUGGAUAUCCUUACCCUGGAGCCUCAACAGCCACUACAGGUGCCUAUGGUCAAGCACCUUACACAGGAGGACCACCACAUCAGGGAGUCUAUGGUCAUACCUCACAUCCAAUGGCUGCCAUACAUGCUCAACAACAAGCCUUAUUACAACCACAUCAAUUACCACCUGGUGCGAGUAUUGGUCCAAACGGAACGAUUAUUAUGCCCAAUGGUAUGAUUAUGGCUCCUGGUGGUAGUAGUACAUCCGGAAUGAUGGGUUCUCCACCUUCUUCGCUCACUCAUCAUGGUGGUAAUAGUACUCCUAACAUGACCUCGCAACAACAACAACAACACCUGAUGGCUUCUCCCUCAACAACAACAACCACGAAAAAGUCUUCCUCCAAAAAGAGAAAGAAUCAACAAAACAGCACGAAUGAAAAUGCUUCUUCUCAAAUGAAUCCAAAUGAUUUAUCUCCUCCACCAAAUUCGAAAAAGAAAAAGUCAAAGAAGAAGGAAUCUUCUUCACAAUCUGCUGCUGCUGAAAACAGCAAUAAUGAAUCCAAUAACAACAAUACAAAUCCAACACCACCUGCCAUUCCAUUUGGAAACUCUGCCAUUAUUAAGUCUCCUAAAAUGAUUAAGGAAGAAAUUCAACAAAUUAAUGACUUGUUUGGAAAGGCUAUUGAUGCUCUUAUUGACAGAUUCAAUGCUGUGAAAAUUAGAUCAUCAAGCUCAGCGCUCUCAGGUGUCACACAAAACAAUCUCUUACUUUUCAAGGAAGAAGAAAAGUAUAAACCAAAAGAAGAAGAAAUUAUUACAUCCUUCCCCACACCUCAACCAGCUGCUUCCACUCAGCAAGAUUCAGAUGCGGAACAAAAUCCAUCCACAUCAGUUGCUCCCUCACAAGCACUUUUUAACACUCAGCAACAAACCAAACUGAUUCAAAACUAUCCAGUGUUUGUCUCUGGAAAACAAAAUCCACAAGUCAUUGCUUCCAUGAUGCCAAAUGAAACAGGUACCAAUGGUGUGAGUGGUCUCUACGAAGAAGAGAAGAAUAGAAAACCAUUUUUCUACAAGGAUGAUUCUGAAGGAGAAUAUGUGUUGGUUGAAGACCUCAUUGAAGAAAUUAUUGACGAUGUGGAUGUUUACUUGAAACGUGAAACAUUGGCUCAUCAUCUCUCAGAAUAUUCAAACAAUAUUUUCAACUUGCUAAAAGAGAGACUUGUGAGUUAUAUUGAAUCGAAUAGAGAAACACUCACCAAGUUCUUAUUAAGCGCAGAUACCAUGACCUUUUUGGGACAAUAUCUCGUUCAACAAGAAUCAUUCCAACAUGUCAUUGCUCAACUGCGAAGCAUUAUUGACGUUUCAGUGAAAAAGUUUGAAGAAAAAACUAAGGAAGAAGCAAACACACAAAUUAUUCUAUCAAGUGGAUCCACAGUUGAUGUCACAGAUGAAGCCAUCGAUCAAUUUGGCUCUAAUGAGGCAUUACCACAAGACUAUUCAAAGAAUGUCUCACUCAUUGAAAUGACACCUAAGGAUAUUCUUCUUGUAUUUCUGGGAAAAGACACCCAAAAUGAAAAACAAGAAGAUGUAAACACGUUUUUAGAGAGAUUCAAAGAGUUACAAAAGCAAUAUCGAGUGGAAUGUGGUUACAUUGAUGAUGGAAUGAGAAAGUGGCAAGAAGCAUUUGAACGAGUUCUCAACAAUCAGAGUCUCUGCAGAAUUGUUACAUUUGAAGAGAGACAUAGAUGCAAGAAAUCUCUAGAAGCUAGAUUUUCAAUCAUGAAACAACUUCUCAAAGACAAAUACUUGACGAAGGUUCUAAGUUUACAAGAAAACACCUUAUUACGAUCAAAGAGAAGAGGAAACUUACCACGACAUGCCACAAAUGUGUUAAAGUCAUGGCUGUUCUCUCAUUUCCUUCAUCCUUAUCCUUCAGAAAGUGAAAAGAAAGAUCUUUGUAUGGAAACAGGUUUAACACUCACUCAGGUGAACAAUUGGUUCAUCAAUCAACGUGUAAGAACUUGGCGUCCAAUGCUUGAAUCAAUGCUUGAAGGAGAAAAGGAUAAAACUGCAAGUGGCGGUGAGGGUGGCACACCACAACCAUCAUCGUCCACACGAGCCACUCCCGAAUCAGGUAGCAAAAAGAGAUCCAAAAAGAAUCAACAAGCUGCUGCAGCUCAACAACAAAUGCCACCAUCUGCACAACCAAUCAUGCAACAACAAAUUCCACAACAAACAGUAAUGAUGGCUAAUCCAGGAGCACAAAUGAUGACACCAGAUAUGACAGGAUCUGCUUAUCCUCAGCAUUACACAUGGUCAAACGCUACACCUCAAUACAUGGAAUAUAUUGAUGAGGAUUUGAAGUUCUAA